AUGACAUAUUUGGUGCCGAUUUUAUUGGUACUCCAAGUCACCACAGGCAAAGUAUUGAAACCUCCAGGCGGUGGAACUAGCAGUCUCUUUGCGAGCGCCGAAGAUUUGGAAAAACCGAGAGUGUCACCAGCUGAAUCCACGGUCACGGCUUCUAACGGUUCGGUCAUUAACGGAACGGAAGUUUUGAACGGAAAAAGCGGUAAUAAUAUCACCGCGGUAAACGUUGCCGGGGAAAACGUUACCGGAAAUAAUAUAAUCGAAAAUAUUACAGAAAAUCCAUCCGUUCCUUCCUUGGAUAAAAGUAGCGCAGUCCUCGAAACCAUAUCCAUUCCUUCGGCCGAUAUAUCCGCCGAGAUAAGAAGCUUGUCAGCUCAAAUACAAAAACGUCAGAGGACUCGAGGUGGUUUUGAGGAUUUGAUAAAAUAUAGCGUGGAAGUAGAAAAGAGAAAGGAUGCAGAAGCAGACAAUGAAGAAGAAGAUGACGGGAGGAUGGGGGAGGGGUGA